AUGGCUUCCACUUUUUUCAAUAACAAGGCCCGAGCUGCAGCUGCUUCGAGCAACUCAAAACCCAAGGUGACCGAUAACAAGGAACAGAAUCGCCUGGCACCAUGGGUGGAGAAAUACCGACCAAAGACUCUGGACGAUGUUGCUGCUCAAGACCAUACUACCAAGGUUCUCCAGCGGACUUUGCAAGCCUCCAAUCUUCCUCACAUGCUCUUCUACGGACCUCCAGGAACCGGUAAAACAUCCACCAUCCUCGCCCUCGCCAAAUCCCUCUUCGGCCCUGCCCUGUAUCGCUCGCGUAUCCUCGAGCUGAACGCGUCUGAUGAGCGUGGAAUUGGCAUUCGGUCUGGAUGCCGAAUACCGCGCCCAAUACCCGUGCCCGCCGUUCAAGAUCAUUAUUUGGACGAGGCGGACAGCAUGACGCAAGAUGCCCAGUCGGCCCUCCGCCGCACAAUGGAGACCUACAGCCGUAUUACUCGGUUCUGUCUUGUCUGCAACUAUGUGACCAGGAUCAUCGAGCCAUUGGCCAGUCGUUGCAGCAAGUUCCGGUUCAAGUCGCUGGACAACGCUGCAGCGGGAGUGCGGCUGCAGGAUAUUGCCAAUGCGGAGAAUUUGAAGCUCGAGGACGGGGUUACGGACACUCUUAUUCGGGUAGCGGAGGGUGACUUGCGACGUGCGAUCACAUAUCUGCAGAGUGCGGCAAGGUUGGCUGGUACCUCUGGCCUGGCUGAGAAGAGUAGCGACGGGGAUGAAGAGAUGGCUGAUGCUGGAGCCCCGGGGCCGGGAAUCAUCACAGUGCGCACUAUCGAGGAAAUUGCAGGGGUGGUCCCUGAGUCGAUAUUGGAUGACUUAAUGCAGGCUAUGCAGCCAAAGAGCUCUGGGUCUUCGUAUGGAGCUGUUUCGAAGGUGGUCACUGACCUCGUUGCUGACGGGUGGAGUGCGACUCAGUUGAUCAGCCAGUUAUAUCGAAGAGUUGUAUUCAACGAAGCCAUCCCUGACAUCCAGAAGAACAAGAUCGUGAUGGCGUUCUCUGAGAUGGAUAAGCGCCUGGUGGAUGGCUCUGAUGAGCACCUGUCUGUGCUUGAUCUAACUUUACGCAUCUCGGGAAUCAUGAGUGGCACUAAAGCAUGA